CGCGUGCGAGGAGCAACCGUCAAGAGGUUGGGAACAGUAGGAGUUUAUCUGAAACUGUCCCGUCUAAAUUCUGGCCAACCUCAAUAUUAGGAGAUGCACUGCAGGUUGUCUUCCAGAACCUACUUUUGGAGUCAAAUGAUGAGAUUCUUCAGUCCUCUGAAAGGGCUUGGAAACUUCUACUUCAGUGCCCUGAGAAGGACCUUGAAUCUGCUGCGAAGCUAUAUUUUAGUAAUUGGGUACAACUUGCUACCACUCCAUUUGGCUCAGCAUUGGAUUCAACAAAAAUGUUUUUACCAGUUGCCCUUCCCCGAGGAAGUCGUUCAAGAGCUGCUGCAAAGAAUGAUCUCGUUUGGUUCCACAGGGGAAAGUACUUCUCAUGAAAAACAUUUUGAUAUUCCCUCCAGUAUUUCUAAGAUAAUUGUUGGUGCUGAUUCUGACAAAUCUGUUACACGAGUUCUUACAUCAAUGGCACUUGGGCUUUUUGCAUCUAAGUUGCCUGUAGGCUCAUGGCAAUUUGUUCUAAGUCCACUAGCAAAUGAUCUCAUGUCUCUCUCAGGAGUUCAGCGACAGGUGGCUUCAAUGGUUAUCGUUUCUUGGUUUAAGGAUCUGAGAGGUAGAGAUCCUGUAUCAGUGGGUACAUUACUAGCUUUCCUAUCUUCCGUGAAAGAGUGGCUACUGGACAUGUUGACCUGCUCCGAUCCAGCAUUACCUACAAAGGAUUCUGUGCUUCCAUAUUCUGAACUUUCAAGGACAUACACGAAGAUGCGCAAUGAAGCCAAUAAUUUGCUUCACUCAAUUGAUUCUUGUCCUGUUUUCAAAGAUUAUAUUAAUGGCUUAAACCUUAAUGUUGAUGUGCUGGGUGUUGAUGAUGCUAUCAACUUUGCAUCAAAGCUUUUUUUACCAUCCGAAUCUGAUCUUCCUUCAGAAAGUGAAAGAAUUGUCCUGAAUAACAUAGAAUCAGCAAAACAAGGUCUAUUGUCUACGUCAGGUUACUUGAAAUGUGUUCAGAAUAAUUUGCAUGUGACGGUUUGUUCUUUAGUGGCUUCUGCUGUAGUCUGGAUGUCAGGUUUGCCUAGUAAGUUGAACCCAGUCAUUUUACCUUUAAUGGCUGCCAUAAAAAGAGAACAGGAAGAAGUACUUCAAGAUAAAGCUGCUGAUGCACUUGCCGAGCUCAUUUGUAGCUGUGUUGGCCGCAAGCCUGGCCCCAAUGACAAGCUAACCAAGAAUCUCUGCACAUUGACAUGCACUGAUGCUAGCGAGACACUGCAAGCUGCAAUAAUUAACUCAAUGCAGGUUGUUGAGGACCAGAAUUUACUGUCAAUUGGAAAGCGUUUUAGCAGUCAUAGGUCCAGGGGUCAUACAGUUUCUGGUAGUGAAGAAAGGUAAAAAAUGGAGGGCUUUAUUAGCCGCCGUGGAUCAGAGUUAGCUUUCAAGCAUCUCUGUGAGAAAUUUGGACCGUCAUUGUUUGAAAAACUUCCCAAAUUAUGGGAUUGCCUUACUGAGUUUCUUAAACCAGUAAAAACCGAAGAUGGCCCAAAAGAUGAUACAAGUAUCGCACAGCUGGGCAGAUCGUAUGAGGAUAAGGAUCCACAGUCGCUCAUAAAUAAUAUCCAGGUUGUUCGUUCAAUUACGCCUCACUUGGCUGAGCCCUUAAGGCCUCAACUGCUAAGUCUCCUUCCCUGUAUUCUUGGGUGUGUUCGUCAUCCUCAUGGGGCUGUUAGGCUAGCUGCUGCAAGGUGCAUCACAUCCAUGGCAAAGUCAUUGGCUGAUGAUGUGAUGGUUCUGGUGAUAGAGAAUGUCAUUCCAAUGUUGUCUGAUUUAUCUUCUGCUUGUGCAAGACAAGGGGCUGGGAUGCUUUUGAGCCUUCUUGUUCAGGGUUUGGCUGUGGAGUUGGUUCCAUAUGCUCCGUUCCUUGUUCCACUUCUGAAGUGUAUGAGCGACCCAGAUGGUUCUGUUAGGCAGACUGUGACUCACAGUUUUGCUGCUCUAGUUCCUUUGCUUCCAUUAUCAAAGGGUGCUUCAUUACCAGGUGGACUAAGUGAACGCUUAUCUAGCAGUGCUGAAGAUGUGCAGUUUCUGGAACA